AUGGACAGUUGCAAUAUAGGAAGUUGGAAUGUUAGGGGCUUGAAUAAUAAGGUUAAGCAAGAUUCUGUGGUUGAGUUUUGCAAUGUCAAUAAAAUUGGAGUAGGGGGAUUGUUAGAAACUAAGUUGAAAGGGGUUAAAGUUCAGGAGUUGAUGGAUAAUAAGUUUGCUAACUGGGAUUUUUUUAAUAGUUCUACAGUUGAAGGCAGGUUAUUGAUUAUAUGUAGAAAGGGUUAUGUUAGAGUUACAGUUAUUGUAGAAUCUCCUCAACAUGUUCAUUGUGUGGUUAAAAUGGCUGGGCAAGCUUCUGCUUUUUGUCUUACAUUUGUAUAUGGUUACAAUACCAUUGAAGAGAGGAAGAGUCUUUGGAAUAAUCUGGUGCAACUGAAGUUUCCUGUUUCUUCAUGGCUAAUUCUUGGGGAUUUUAACUCAGUUUUCAAUGUUGAUGACAGAAAUGGGGGGAAUCCUAUUACACAUAAUGAAAUGGCUGAUUCUAAUCACUGGUUAUCUCAGGUUCAUAUUGAAGCUCUCAAAAGUCAUGGGUCGGUUUUCACUUGGACUAAUAACCAAGCUGGUACUAAUAGAAUCUAUUCCAAGAUAGAUCACAUUUUUGUCAAUGAGGAGUGGCAUGAUCAUUUUCCUAACUCAGCAGCUCGUUUUAGUUGGGAAUCCAUAUCAGAUCAUUGUUCUUGUGUUGUUUCAACUACAACCUUAGAGGCUAUUGGGAUUAAGCCAUUUCGGUAUUACAAUUUCUGGGCUAAUCAUCCUGAGUUCAAGAGUUUAGUGGAGCAAAAUUGGAAGAAGCCGUUAUCUGCUAGGGGUCUAAAAGGGGAAGCUAAAGCCUGCUACAGUGAAGCUAAGUUACAGGCUCAAUCUCACCCGAAAGACAAGAUUUAUCAGGAGCAAGAAUCUAAUGCAGCUGCUAAUUUUUUUGCUCAAGAGAAGAUCUAUAUGGGCAGUAUCAGUACUGUCAAAAUCAGAUUGAAUUUGGUUUGUAUUGAGCAGGGAUCUAAGCUGUCUUUAGAUGAUCAACUUGGUUUGUUGAAACCUUUUUUGUACAAGGAAGUUAAAAGAGCAAUGUUUAGUAUUCCUGACACAAAAUCUCCAGGACCUGAUGGGUUUGGAUCUGGUCUCAUGCCACCUGAGUUGCAUAAUACGAUGAUUUCCCUCAUCCCUAAACUAGAGAACCCGGCUAAAGCAGUUGACUACAGACCCAUUGCUUGUUGUACAAUGAUAUACAAAUGCAUUUCAAAACUGUUAUGCUCUAGACUGGCCUCAGUUCUCCCUUCUCUGGUUAACCAAAACCAGGGUGCUUUUAUCCAAGGGAGGUCAAUUGCUCAUAAUGUGAUGAUUCUCCAAGAUAUUUUGAAGAACUAUAGAAGGAAAAACACUUCUCCUCACUGCACUAUCAAGAUAGAUAUCAGUAAGGCAUAUGACACUGUGGAUUGGAACUUUAUUGAAGAUCUUCUUAAUGCUUUGAACUUUCCUAGUAGAUUUGUUCAGCUGAUAAUGAUUUGUAUCAAAAGCACUUCCUAUUCUCUUCUUAUGAAUGGUAGAAUUCAAGGUGGUUUUCAUGGGGCUAAGGGACUUCGUCAAGGUGAUCCUUUAUCGCGUUUGAUUUUUGUUCUGAUUAUGGAUUAUCUAUCGAGAAAUCUUCUUCACGCUGUUCAAGACUCCAAAUUCAGAUAUCAUCCUCUUUACAAAAGUUUGAAGCUAAUCAACUUAUGCUUUGCGGAUGACUUGAUUCUUCUUAGUAAAGGGACUAAGCAGUCCAUUAAAGUGCUUAAAGAGGUCUUGGAUGAUUUCAGCAAUACUACUGGGCUCCAUAUCAAUGUUAAUAAAUCACAAAUAUUCUUUGGAGGAGUUGAGACUAGGGAGAAAGAGGAGAUCAUUAUGGAUCUUGGUUUGGCUGAAGGUGAUUUCCCUUUAAAGUACUUAGGGGUGCCUUUAAGACCAACUAAAUGGAAAGCAGAGGACUGUGGGAUUAUUAUUAAAAAAAUAAAAAUGAGGCUUCAUUCUUGGGGAAGUUGGCACCCGUCUUUUGCUGGCAAAGUUCAAUUGAUUCAUUCAAUUUUACUUGGUCUUCGAAAUUAUUGGAUGAGUACUUUCAUCCUUCCUCAGAGUGUUUCUAAAGAGAUUGAGAAACUUUGUAGAGGCUUCCUUUGGGGUUUGAAUGGGAAUAGAAGUAGAAUUCAUUUGGCCUCUUGGGAGAAAGUUUGUCUUCCCAAGGCUUUUGGUGGUCUUGGGUUUAAAGAAGGGACCAAAUGGAAUCAAGCUAUCUUAACCAAAUACAUUUGGGCUAUUACUGAGAAGAGAGAUUUGCUAUGGGUCAAGUGGGUGCACACUGUCUAUCUUAAGGGGGUUUCCUUCUGGUCUUAUGAGCUAAAGUUGGACUCUAUUUGGUAUUGGCGCAAACUUUGUCGACUUAGACAAAAGUUUUCCAUGUCUGAGAUCUUGAAGGCAGGUUGCUCGGGUAAGUUUUGUUCAUCAGUUUUGUAUAACAGCUUUCUUCCCCCUACUGAAGUUAACUAUCAUAGAGCUAUAUGGAGCAGUCUCAAUCUUCCAAAGCAUCGAUUUUUUCUUUGGCAAGUUGUGAAUGCUCAUCUAUUAACAAAGGACAACUUGAGUAAAUUUCACAUAGUUUUAGACUCAUUUCUCUGUCCUGUUUGUGGAGUUCAGCCUGAAACACAUCAGCGUUUAUUUUUUAAUUGCUGCCUGUCUAGAAGAGUGGUGGAAUUAGUGUUCAAUUGGCUGGGUUUCAGAGGGUGGCCGGUGGAGUUUGAUGGCUGGUUAUCGUGGAUAUCGCUGAAAGCUUCAUGUUUUGUGAGACAAAUCAGCAUAGCCGUUAGUGCAGCAACUUGCUAUGGUCUAUGGCUGAAUAGAAAUAGAUGUGUCUUUGAUGGUUUCUCCAAAUCUGAUACUUUGAUUGCCUUAUAUGUAAAGAGUAUAGUGAGCUACAGAUUAAUUGCUAUUAAAAGUAGAAAAUUGUCUAGACAAGAGAGAGACCUUAUACAUAGAUUAACAUGUAGUUAG